AGCAAAGGAGGUGGUGGAUGGGUCCCGCCCCUUUAAAUUACCCCCCUCGGUAGUUAAGUACGCUGCGGCCCCGCAGGCACUGAAGAUUAGGUCACCCGAGAAUUAUGCGCUGUCGCUUUAAAUGUCUGGGCGUCAACCGAGCCGGGUCAAGGGAAAGGAGGGGACCUGUCACAGGUAGAGGGAGCAGCGGAGCUCCCCAGGUAACCCCGAGGAGGGAACGCGAUCCGGCGUCGGAGCUUUGUCACACAGAGGCUGUGCACAGGUGUUCUGCAGACCAUGAACUGAGCACUAGUCCCAGAUAUUCAUGAGCACAGUGUGAGGCUCCUGACCACCCAGCAGCCCCUUCCUCUGGCACUAAGGACCCCCCGGAGAAGAUGGGGAGGAAAAAGAUUCAGAUCCAGCGAAUCACCGAUGAGCGGAACCGCCAGGUGACCUUCACCAAGCGGAAGUUCGGGCUGAUGAAGAAGGCUUACGAGCUGAGUGUGCUGUGCGACUGCGAGAUCGCACUCAUCAUCUUCAACCACUCCAACAAGCUGUUUCAGUAUGCCAGCACCGACAUGGACAAAGUGCUGCUCAAGUACACGGAGUACAACGAACCGCACGAGAGCCGCACCAAUGCUGACAUCAUUGAGACCCUGAGGAAGAAGGGUUUCAACGGCUGUGACAGCCCAGAGCCGGAUGGGGAGGACUCACUGGAGCAGAGCCCCCUGCUGGAGGACAAGUACCGGCGGGCCAGCGAGGAGCUGGAUGGGCUCUUCAGGCGCUAUGGGUCAUCUGUUCCGGCCCCCAACUUUGCCAUGCCUGUCACAGUGCCCGUGUCCAAUCAGAGCUCCAUGCAGUUCAGCAAUCCCAGUGGCUCUCUGGUCACUCCUUCCCUGGUGACGUCAUCCCUUACGGACCCACGGCUCCUGUCCCCUCAGCAGCCAGCACUACAGAGAAACAGUGUUUCUCCAGGCCUGCCCCAGCGGCCUGCUAGUGCAGGAGCCAUGCUGGGUGGAGAUCUCAACAAUGCUAAUGGAGCCUGCCCCAGCCCCGUUGGGAAUGGCUAUGUCAGUGCCCGAGCUUCCCCUGGCCUCCUCCCUGUGGCCAAUGGCAACAGCCUAAACAAAGUCAUCCCUGCCAAGUCUCCACCCCCACCCACCCACAACACCCAGCUUGGAGCCCCCAGCCGCAAGCCUGAUCUGCGGGUCAUCACUUCCCAGGGAGGCAAAGGGUUAAUGCAUCAUUUGACUGAGGACCAUUUAGAUCUGAACAAUGCCCAGCGCCUUGGGGUCUCCCAGUCUACCCACUCACUCACCACCCCAGUGGUUUCUGUGGCAACACCAAGUUUACUCAGCCAGGGCCUCCCCUUCUCCUCCAUGCCCACUGCCUACAACACAGAUUACCAGCUGCCCAGUGCAGAGCUAGCCUCUUUACCCGCCUUCAGCUCACCUGCAGGGCUGGCACUAGGCAACGUCACCGCCUGGCAGCAGCCCCAGCAGCCACAACAGCCACAACCGCCACAACCGCCACAGUCACAGCCACCACAGCCACAGCCACAACCACAGCAGCCACCUCAGCAACAGUCCCACUUGGUCCCCGUAUCUCUCAGCAACCUCAUCCCAGGCAGCCCCUUGCCCCAUGUGGGUGCUGCUCUCACUGUCACCACCCACCCCCACAUCAGCAUCAAGUCAGAACCAGUGUCCCCAAGCCGUGAACGCAGCCCUGCACCUCCUCCACCAGCUGUGUUCCCAGCUGCCCGUCCUGAGCCUGGAGAAGGUCUCAGCAGCCCGGCUGGAGGAUCCUAUGAGACCGGGGACCGGGAUGAUGGACGGGGGGACUUUGGGCCCACACUAGGCCUACUGCGCCCAGCCCCAGAGCCUGAGGCUGAGGCCUCAGCUGUGAAGAGGAUGCGGCUGGAUACUUGGACAUUAAAGUGACGGUUCCCACUCCCUCCUCUCAGCCUCCCUGAUGAAGAGUUGACAAUCUCACCGCCCACCCCUCCUUGUCCCGGGCUCCUCCCGCUCGACCCCCACUUCCUUUCUUCUGCUCCAUGUCUUGUUGAUGGUUACAUUUGUGUAUAAUUAUAUUAUUAUUAUUAAUUAUUAUUAUUAUUAUUAUUAUAUUUUUAAAUUUGAAUUCUCGCUUUAGAGAGAGGGAUGCUCUUGCCCCUUUUUUGUCCCCACCAUUUUCACUGGUGGGGGACUCUCUUUAUUGCGGGAAAAGGGGGGGGACACUUUGCACGUUGUACACAUAUGCUGCAGGAAGGGGGGGCACGGUAGGCCUUGGAGAAGGACAGGUGCCGAGCCCUGCAUGUGGAGCCCUCCCAUCCCAUUCCCAGAUAGACGUAAAGAACCAAAAACUACCCAACAACAGACCCCAGACAGUGGACUGAAACCCAAAAGCUGGCUUGAUGGUGGGCUUGUGUCUCAGGGGAUAGGAGGAGGCAGAGUGUCUGCUUCUGAGCUGUUCACAGCUAAUACCCAUCCUGGUCCCUCCAGCUUCCUGCAUACACUCCACACUCACUGAUCCUGUGUGUCACCCCCCAAGAUCUGAGUUCAAGGAAGGCUGCCUGCGAACCUGGGCCAGGGUAGGGGCUUGAAGCCAGAACCUCUGGAAGUAACGUGGGAGAGAGACAGCUGUGGGAAGGACUGAUGAGGGCAGGACUGGGUGUGGUGAGUGGGGACCCCACCCCCAGCUUUUCCUUUAAGAUGUACAGUGCAAUAGCUCCCGUCCUUUAGCCAACCCAACCCUAGAAAGCUGGGAGAGUUGGGGGAGAGACGUGGCUCCAGGGUGGGCCAG